AUAUUGUCCCAUCAAAAUAUUAGUUGGAUUAUCAAAUAGCUUAGUGAUUAUCAUAUCUAAAUUGUCAUGCACUCAUGUGGUUGGUGAAAUGUUGGUGGUGGUACAGCCCUAGUGGGGUCUUCUUCUUUACUCCAUUUGUUUGCACUAUGAACUAGAUCAUCAAAAUGUACUCUUAAGAAUUCUUUAGCUCUUCAAUAAUUUUAUUUUUGGAAACCCAAUUAUAAAUUCAUAUAAAAUUACAAAUAGAUAUAUCGAAUAAUAGUGUUAAUAUAAAAUUACUACAAUUGAUUAAACUAUAUGAGUGGGGAGGAAGGUAGACAGGAAGACAGCAACAGAGCAUCAAAUUUGGUAAAGAAAUCAGUUUUGACUUCAUACAAGUAUUUGUAAACCAAGUUCCAUUACUUUCUGCACUGUUAUACAUUUACAAAUUACAAUAUCUCCAGAAAGUUUCUGUUUUUCCCCUUUGUAAAUGAGCUUUGUGAGAAAAAACCCAGAACAAAAAUGUCGGUGAAAAGCAGAAUUGGAGUAGGAGGAAAUGAACCCUCUUCAAGAAAGUUCCUACCGAGGCAAUUUGUGAUUUUGCUUUGCAUUGGAAGUUUCUGUGGGGGAAUGUUCUUCACUCAGAGGAUGUGGUUGGUGCCUGAAGGAAAAGAUGAAAUGAGUACAAGAAGAAGCACCGGUGAAGGCUUAUCCAUGUUACGUGACCAAAAGCAGGUUAUACGGCAUGAAUUCGAUCACGGUCCUAGGGAAAUAUCCGUGAAAGACAAGAACAUACAGUCACUGGAACUAACAAUUUCAAAACUCGAGGCAGAACUCGCUACUGCAAGAGCAGCUCAGGAAUCAAUAAUGAACGGAUCUCCUGUAGCUGAUAGCCUGAAAUUUUUGGACCUAACUACGAAAAGAAAAUAUUUAAUGGUCAUUGGUAUUAACACUGCUUUCAAUAGCCGGAAACGAAGAGAUUCAGUUCGGGCUACUUGGAUGCCACAAGGUGACAAAAGAAAGAAGUUAGAGGAAGAGAAAGGCAUUGUUAUUCGAUUUGUUAUUGGCCACAGUUCAACUACCGGUGGCAUUCUUGAUAAGGCUAUUGAAGCAGAGGAUAAAAAGCAUGGAGACUUUUUGAGACUGGAACAUGUAGAGGGCUAUAUGGAACUCUCAGCCAAAACCAGGGCGUACUUUGCUAUGGCCGUUGGAUUAUGGGAUGCUGACUUUUAUGUAAAAGUUGAUGAUGAUGUUCAUGUUAAUAUAGCAACACUUGGGAAGAUGUUAUCCAGGCACCGGAUGAAGCCUAGAGUAUAUGUAGGUUGCAUGAAGUCCGGUCCAAUCCUUGCUAAAAAGGGAGUGAGAUACCAUGAACCAGAACAUUGGAAAUUUGGUGGAGAGGGAAACAAGUAUUUUCGGCAUGCUACAGGACAGCUUUAUGCUAUUUCAAAAGAUUUGGCUACUUAUAUAGCGAUUAAUCAACAUAUAUUGCACAAAUUUGCGAAUGAAGAUGUUUCAUUGGGAUCAUGGCUUAUUGGUCUGGAUGUAACACAUGUUGAUGACAAGGGACUUUGUUGUGGUACUCCACCAGAUUGUGAGUGGAAAGCUCAGGCAGGAAACAUCUGCGGGGCUUCAUUCGACUGGACCUGCAGUGGUAUUUGCCGGUCUGAUGAAAGGAUCUAUGAGGUUCAUCAGCGGUGUGGAGAAGGCGAGGAGGAAAUAUGGAAAGCCACGUUUUGAAAAAUCUUAUAGCGCAGAUUGGGGAAGUGUGUAUAUCCUUCAGAAAAUUUAUUCAUCGGAAUCAUACGAUUCUGCACAAGUAAAUGAAAUACAAUAGAGCAAUGCAGUGUACACAGAUACUGGUGGAUUCGGUAAGGAAGAGCUUUUUCUGCUGCUAUAUUGUUAUGCUACGUUAUGGUGUAAGCGGAAUCAAAAGGCAGCAUCGUGAGAAAGGAAGAGCUGUAUAUCCUUAUUUUGUUGAUUUUUCUCAGAUCAACUAGUUUACGAGAAGGUUUAUAUGUUUAGUCGGUCCAAGUAUAUGUACCUAUAUCUCGGGAUUUCGAUGGAUGUCUCCUGUAAUUAGGUAUGUUGUAUGCAUUCAUUUUAUUACUUGAUAUGUAGCAUUCUAAUAAACAUACCCCAUUGGGAAGCUAGCCUUUUGUUGGUAUGUUUAUCCCUGGAUGGGAAGCUAGCCUUUGUUAUCCGACUCUUGAAAAAGAAAAAAUUUUGUGAAAUGUGCGUUUGACAAUUGGUUA